UAUUACCUACCUUCCUUAGAAAAUGACGUAUAUUUACAUAUUUGUAUUUCUAAAAUAAGUACGUUUUUAGGAAAAUUCAUCUCUAAAGUUGAUUUUUCUGAAGAGUGGAGAAUUAAAUAUAAGGUGCAAGAUGGCUGAUGAUAUUGAUAUAGAAGAGCAUGAUGUUAUGGAAAAUCCAAUGAUAAAACAGAUUUUUCCAGAUUUAUCUAUACUUAAAAAAGAAAUAUUAGAUUAUGAUGAUGAUAUUCAUCAUGAAUUAAAUUCUAUUUACGAAUCUGAAAAUCAAUUGUACAGAAAUAUAAAUAGAAAUAAACUAGUCACAGGUAAAUUUACGAACACAAGAAGAACUAAACCAAAAAAAGAUAUUUUACCUAAAAAAAUAAAAAUGCAAUUAAUAUCAGAAGUUAGAAUUCAUUUGAAAAAUAUUAGGUCUGAACUAUUAAGAAGUAAAAAAUUCUGCAAAAUAUGCCUAAUACUUUUUUCUAAAACAGAUGGCCUCAGUAAUCAUCAAUUGCUUUGUCAUAAUGCAACAGAUGAUGGAAAAGAUACAUCUCAUAAGCAAUAUAAUGUAAAAAGUAACAUUGAUAAACAAAUAGAAUGUCCAGUGUACAUGAACACAGAUUAUUUAAGCCAACAUGAUAAACACACUAAUUUUAUAAGAAACAUGAAUGACACUGAACUUGAAAAACCUAAUAAGAUUAACGAAGUUGAUAUAAUGGUUAAACCGAAUGACCCUAAAGAUAAAAGUAAUGAUAGCAAUUUAGCGAAAUCAUGUUUUCAUUGUAGUGACGUAUUUUCAUCUCGGCAAUCCUUAAUAGAUCACUUGUAUGAAAUAUUAAAUAACAAGAACAAUAAAUUACAAAACUCACAGCAUACAAAUGAAAGAGAUUUUAUUCAGAAAAAUUAUGAAAUUUUACAAAGUGCUAAAGAUCAGCAGAAAAUAUAUAAAGGUCCAGCUGAAGAAGACGAUAUACAAACGAGUAAUUUAUAUUGUUGUCCAAUCUGCUCAUAUUAUUUCAAUGUAAAAAAGUUCUACGUGGGACAUUUAUUGAUUAAACAUAAACUGAGUAAAAAAGUUCAAAUAAAAUCCGUCGAUUUCAGUUCGAAAUGUAAAUUUUGUAACUUAAACUAUAGUGAUGUUCUAUCAUAUAACACCCAUUUACGUAAAAAUCAUAGAAAUGAAAUGAUAAAAAAACAUAACAAUGAAUUAUUUCAGAAAUCAUCAAAUACUAGAAAACUAAAUAGUACGAGUGAAAUUAACAUGCAGAUCAUUAAUAAUAAUUCACAAGAUAAGUUACUUUUGAAAGGAAUAAAUGAAGUUCGUAUAUUGGCUUCAAAAGUAAUUAUUUUUAAAUGCGUUAAGUGUGAGAUACAUUUUAUAACAUUUGACUCUGCUACAAACCAUUCUGAGCGCGUACUAUCUAUUAACUGGAAAUGCUUAAAAUGUCAAAAUACUUUUAAACGAAAUGACAAAAAUCUCCAUAAGAAACAACACACAUAUUCUAAUUACUUCAGUGUUAUCGAAGUAAAUGGUGACGGUCAAGAUAAAAUGCAUCAAUGUCACAAAAGUGACGAGAAUAUUAAGAAAGAAAACUUUUCUAAUCAGUUGCCUGGUUGUGAAUCUCAAUCCUCAAUUCAAUUAAGGAAAUAUAUCAUGCAUUAUUACUUUUGCUCUGCUUGUAAAUCUUACAUACCAACACACGGCAAUGUGGAAAUUCAUCGUAAAUCGAAUUGUGUAAAUAUUAAAACUUACGUUUGCGAGUUCUGUGGGCUUAUGUUUAGUGGAAGACUUUUAACUGUACAUAGAAUGUUACACCAAAGAUAUAAUUCGAAACUGCAAGAUUUUACAUUUUACAAUUUAAGUUCGAAACAAAUAUUACCUAUAAAACCUAGUUUUCCCAAAUGCAUAACCUGUGAAAUCCAUUUCAUUUUUAAACAUGAAGUUGAGAGUCACGUAUGCGAAAAGAGCGUUUAUUCUACAUGCCCAGAUUGUAAAAUGAAAUUCUCUGAUUCAGCUUGCACAUUACAUGAACAGUUUCAUCGUUACGAAUUAAAAGAAACUGAUAUUAAUUUAGUCCUUACGUUACCCGACGUAAUGGAAGAUACCAGUCCAAAAUAUAAUUGUAGCGAUAAAAUUCAAUACCUUUAUACAUGUAAAAAUUGCGACGUAUCUAUGAAUGUCUAUGAUGAAGUUAUAGAACAUUGUCAUUCACAUGCUAAUCUUAAUAAAAUAGAUUUAAAACUAGAUGAGGUUAAAUGUAAAAUAUGUAAUGUCACUUUUGUUAGGUCGAGCUUUAAAGAACAUCAAAAGUUACAUUUAAUUUUUACAAAGCAUCAGCUCAAGUAUUUGUCAUUUGAUGUAUUACAUUUCAAUUCCAAUAAUGAUGAGUGGCUUGGACAUUUGUUUGGUUCGUUUGAUAGAAAUACAAUAAAUAAAAUUAUUGACAAUUCUAUAUACAAAUAUGAGCAUCGAGUAAGAAUGGAGAUUAUACAAAAUGGUUCAAACGCAUUACCAUUGUUCAAAUGUGACAAAUGUAAGUGUUAUGUAAAUAGUAGUUCUAUUUACAAACACAUAGAGAACUGUAGUAUCGAUUCUGAUAAAUUUUAUUGUAAAACAUGUAAUAUAUCAUUGGCGAAUAUCAUUUCUAAAAUUGAACAUGAAAAACAUCAUACUGAUUUUAGAAUUAAUUUGUCAUUGUGUAGAAUUGUUACUUUCAACCGAGAAGAAGAUAAAGUUUUUAAUAAAAAUAUAUCAAGGAUAAAAUAUUACGUUUUAUAUCAAUGUAGAUAUUGUCAUGAGGUACUCGAAGGUAAACAUUAUUUCCUUAGCCAUAAGUGUUACUGCCACAAAUGUAAAAAUUGUAAUAUAUGCGGAUUACUUAUAAAUGAAAGAGAUUACGUUAGGCAUUUAUUUAAACAUAAAGUAUUGAAUAGUUUCAAUAGAAAGGUUAUGAAAGUCGUUUUGAUUGGUAAUUAUAUUUUAAAUAAGAAUGAAACAAGAACAAAUAGCCUCAUAUCUAAAUUCACCGGGAUGGUAUGCGAUUAUACGUUUUACAAAUGCGUUAACUGUGACGUUUGCGUUAGAGAUCAACGUAGUACAGUUCGACACUACUGUUUAAUCGACGCUGCUAAAUCCAAGUGUCCUCGUUGUGGCUUGAGUUUUGAUGAAGGAAAAUUUAAAGGUCAUCUGAAAUUGCAUGAUACCGAUCCGGACUUUACAAAAGAUACCAUACUGAUAAAAGAAUUCGGAUCUAAUAAAUCAACAAUUGAAGAAAAUUGUGUAUUUGAGAACGUUAAAACUGAAUCAAAAGAUUUUCUAGUGAAUGAAAUAGUCGUCCCGAAUAGCGAUGUUGAACGCGCUAAUGAAAGAAAUGAUUUAAUUCCAUCAUCAGAAAUAAUAGUUAAAAUUUAUAAAUGUUAUUGCGGUCUACACUUUAUAAACCAAAUAGAUGUAAGCGAGCAUAUUAAGAAGUGCUCUGGUCUUAUUAAGAGUAAACAGAGUAAACAAGAUUGUUUCAAGUGUGGACUUACAUUUACUCAGAGUGUUUUAUUUAAACACUUAUUGGAACAUCAUGGAGGUAAAAAAAAGACAUUUCAAUAUGAAAUUAUUGUAUGUUCAAAUAAUUUUCCACCUCUAUUCUAGCGUUCCAUUUAUAAUGUGUAUUUUGUAUAAAAAUUGUGAAACCCAAUGAUUUCUUCAUUGAAUUUGUUUUUUUUUCUUCAUUUUGGUUUAAAUCGUUCGAUUUACUUA